AUGCCUGCUCAGCCCAUGUCAGACACACGGACACCCGCGUCUGAACGCGCUCUGUCGCCGCCCGUCCCUCAGCGCACCUUUUUCUUUGUUAAUGAGGAGUCCUCGAGCAAAGGCAAGCGUGCCCACGUCAUGAAACACCACAUCCAGGAGAAGAAAAAGGAACGGAGGAAACUGCUCGCCCAAGCGACUGCUGGGCCUGGCGGUCGAGAAACCCGGGGUCUCCAUUGGACUAGGAAAGUUGAGCCUUCGCAGGGUGCUGCCGCGAGGGUUUCUUCCUCCUCCAAGAAAGAUUCCGUGGCGAGGUCAAAGCUUAGGCGUGAUGCGGAUGAUUUUCGAAUUCCUGACCUGAUAACUUGUUCUCUAUGUCGUCAUCUCAACCUGAGUCCAAACAGAUCGGAUCCAUUUGAUACACUCCCACUGUCGCUGACUGAUGAAUCGCAACAGCUCGUGGACUGUUGGACCAAAAAGCUCUCCUACUGGUCUGGCCAGAAUGUCCACAUGAAAAUUGCUGCUUUUCAACAAGCGAUGCUGCAUCCAAUGACAUUCCAUGUAAUGAUCUUAACCUACUGUGCAAGACUUCGUGCUCGGGUAUUAGGCGUACGAAAUACUCCACAGUCGUUUCAGUACAUUGCAACGGCUGAGCGAGCUCUUUCAAGAUAUAUAGAGAAAACGAACAACCCGUAUGAUGAAAAUGUCAUCAUGGCAUUCUCGGCUCUGUCCCUGCAGGAAGAACGAUAUGGCGAUAAAGUAAAAGCUGCAGAACAUUUGCACCAGGCUAUGUUGCGACUACGGCCCCGUACAGGGAUGUAUUUUUUCCAAGAUGUGUUCGUACAUUAUGUCCGGUACACGAUGGGCCCGCGCGAAGUGAUUGGAAGUCCCGAAGACGUUCACCGCCUAAUGUCAUUCCUUCGAAGUGCAGAAUUCGCCGCCAAAUAUUGCCACCCUGUUACACCCAGCGACUUACGAAUGUCGGCGUUCCAAUUUGGCUCUACUUUCCAUAUGUUGCUCUCCUCCGGACCACGCCCGAGUCACGUCCCGGACGAAGAACGGCGUUGGGUGGUAAAAUAUGGCUCCAUCCACGACCUCUGCCGGAUUUCAUCCCUGAUCUAUAUCACGCUCUCCUUAAUGCAUUACCGAAAUUCUCCUCACAUGUGCAAUCGAUUUCUCCAGAACGCCUUAACGAAGGUAAAUUCGCACCGUCUUGAUCACUGGCCGUCGACAGAGACUCUGGUCUGGAUGCUUCUAGAAGAUCCGUUUGAUGCCGAUCUAAAAGAUCCCCAUCGGGCAUGGAUUGUGGGUGACUUGAUGGAGUCCGUCCAAAAACUGCCUCAAGAAUUGAAUUUCCAGUUCAGCGAAUUGCUAUUGAGAUUUUUGAUGAUGAGGCCCUUGGAUCUUGAAAUCUCGGUUGAAAAGUUCGAAGCCAACCUUUGGGCAUUCCUUGAUUUACAGAAACGAGAGCUACGGUCGAACACACAUUCCACGGUUGAGACGGACUAG